CUGACUUUCUCUAGCUCAUUAUAUUAUAUAUUGUGGAUUAAAGAGUGAUAGAACUAUGAUUUAGUACCACAAAAACUUUGAUUUAUUAAAAAUAUCUUAUUAUCAAACGAAUAAUCAUGGAAUCCCUAAAAGAAAUAUUACAAUUUCUUGAUAUAAACGCAAGAUUAGAUUUAAAACAAGUUGCUCUAACCCAUGUCUUAAGUUUAACUGGAUCUCCAGAAGGAUUAUCCUUAAUAACAUCAUUAAAAGAACUUUUACUGGCCUUGUUGAAAUUAACUAACGAUCCAUCAGAUGUAAUAGCAAAAGAUGCGGCUUUAUGCUUAAUUAAUAUUUCAGCCUCUGAAAACGGCUCAGUUUGUUUAAUGGAGACGAUGAAACAUGAUUUAGUAGAUCAAGGACUUAAAAAUAUUUUGAAUAAUGAUUCAAAACUUGCCGAUCCUUUUUGUAUGAUAUUAAAUAAUAUUUCAAGAAAACCAGCUCAAGCACAAGAGAUUAUUGAUUUAAUGUGCAAAUCGACAGAUGAUGAAAAUGAAUGUAGUGAAAUAUACUUUCACAAUAUUGAAAAAUUAAUGAAAUGUUAUACUGAUGUUAAUUAUAACAAAUUUGCAAAGUUACAUUAUUUAGGAGCUUUGUUCAGUAAUUUAACUCAAUGUCCAAUGGGCAGGGCGGUUUUUAUACGAGAGGAUAAAUUUUUACUGGAAUCCUUGUUGCCAUUUAUAUCUUUUGAGGGUAGUUUUAUAAGAAGAGGAGGCGCAAUUGGUCUUCUUAAAAACCUAUGCUUUGACAAAUCCAUACAUAAAAUACUCUUGGGUCAAAGUAGUCAUAUAGAUAUAUUACCAUAUAUUUUGUUACCUUUAGCUGGUCCUGAAGAAUUUGACGAAGAAGACAAUGAUAAACUACCAAUACAAUUACAAUAUCUUGGCCCAGACAAAAAGCGAGAGGAGGAUCCUACUUUAAGGGUAAUGCUUUUAGAAUGUCUUGAACAGUUAUGUUCCACAAGAGAUAUAAGGAAUAUUCUACGUGAUCGAGGUACUUAUGAAAUAUUAAGAGAAUACCACAAAUGGGAAACAAAACAAGUUUCAUUAAAACUUGGUGACAAGGCCAGUUUGCUUGCUUGUGAGAAUGUUGUCGACAUUCUAAUAAGAACUGAGGAAGAAAUUGGGACAGAUGACCUAAAAUCUCUAGAAAUACCUUCAGAUUUAGUAGAAAAAUUCAAUAAUAUGGAUAAAGAGUUCCUAGAAGAUAAAUAAUAAAAUAUGUAUGUAAAUAAUCAUAUUGUUAUAAUUUAACAAUAUAUAUCAUAAUAAUAUAAAUAU